CUCGCUAUAAGUAAAAUGUUUAUUUUUAACUUUCAUAUAUAUUUUUCUUUUUUUUGUUUAGAAAAGCAAGCUUUGCUGUUAGAGAAAUCAGCGCUUCCGGAAACAACGUCUUCUGCUGCAGAGCCAAAAGUAGUAGUGCCACAGGCAUUACUCCCAUUGGAGAAAGAAUUGACGUGGAAUGACUUGAUGGCAUGGCGCCGAACUCACCUAGGGCCGAAAACAAGAAGGGCAUUUCAUUUUUGGAUCGGAAAUGGUGGGCGGGACUUGCCGACUUUUACCUGGCGAAGAGGGAAUGCUAGAGCCAGAAGGGGUGGCUCUAGUAUUCAAAGGGGGAAUUCAGGGUUUGUGAUAAACAACUACUCGUAUUCGUAAA